AUGAGUCCGCAAUGGUGUCAAUCGCCAACUAUAAAUUCAACGUUGGGUGAUCGCGUAACACUACGAAGUUUCUUUAUUGAAGCUAAUUCGAAAGGUCAAUAUGCGACAGAAACAAUCGCUGAAGUGAGUUGUGGACGAGAAAGACGAUUGGAAAUUGAGAAAGAUGUCAUUCAUCCGUUGAGUAGUGUGAAUCUACGAUGCACAUUGAAUAGUUCCGGAACAGGCGGUAUAUGGUUGUUGAUUGGUAGUGGCGGUGGUGGAAUGAAUAGUUUUCAACCACGUUGUACUUAUGGAAAACCAACAUUCCACAUAUGCGAACUACCACAUUUAAUACAUCGUGGAUUACGUAUUAAUGCUACCAGAAGUUCUCGAUUCUUCAGACAUAAUGAUACGUUGAUUGUUAACGGUAAUGAGGUGGAUGAUUGGAUUGGUACGUUGAAUACGUUGAAUCCGUUGAAUAUACCAUUUAGAUGUGCUUUAGCACAGAAUACGUUGCAUCCACCGGGAAAGCAUACAUUGCGAUGUAUUAAUAGCCAAUGGGUCCAUGAAGUUAACGAUGUGCCGAGUGGCCUCAAAUAUCCUAACUGUGCUACACGAAAUAUUUGUGCAAUCUGGCAAAUUCCGCGUUUCCUUAAUUUCAUACCAAGUAGCAUUAACUGUGAAGGAAAGCCAACAAGCUGUUUUUCUCCGAAAGCGUCACUUCCGCUCGGUACAAAGAUUGAGCUACGAUGCAAGGACGACAGAACUCGUCUAGUUGGUCCUUCUUCAAUGGUAUGCCUGAAUUCUGAAUUACAUUCCGGUUCUGAUUGGUAUCCACCCAAAUGGCCAAAUUGCAUUCCGAAAUUGACCUGUCCUGAACCUUUCAUUCAGAAAGGUGAUUACAUUACUUCUAACCUAUCUAAUGCUACUUUUCGGCACGGAAUGCAAGUGUGGUUCAAAUGCUGGAAAGGCUACAUUUUAUAUGGCAGUGAGAUGGUCGAAUGCUUGAAAUCAGGCCUAUGGAAUGAUUCGUUACCUGAAUGCAUUGCAGAUAAAAAUGGAUUGAAUGAUGAUUCAAUUACAGUUUUAUUGUUCGCAGUAAUAUGUUGUUUAUCUGUCAUACUUGUCAUAAUGUUUCGAGCUGUUUACCGACAAAAUCGAUGGCUCAGACGACGGGACGAAUCGAUUGUAGCAACUACUGAAGAAAUGCUUCUUAGAACAAUGCACUGUUCCAUGGCGAUUGACUUACGUGACGUAAGUGAUACUGCGUACUGA